UUUUGAAUCCUAAAAUUUAGUUGACAAGAACUUAGUUGGAAUGAGUGAGAGAACAAAAAUGGGAGAUAACGAAGUUCAGAUGGCCAGAAUUUACAUGGAUUACAAUGCUACAACCCCAUUGGCUCAUGAAGUGAAAGAAGCCAUUAUCAAUGGAUUAUCUAUGUGGGGAAAUCCAAGUUCUUCAUACUCACUGGGACAGGAAGCAAGGGUUGCCAUUGAGGAUGCACGACUCCAGAUUGCCUCUAUGAUUCAUGCAUUCCCUGAGGAGAUUCUCUUCACAUCAGGUGGGACUGAGGCAAAUCAUAUGGUGAUUCAUUCUGUCAUCUGUGAGGAAGCAGAUCAGGGAAAUCCCAUUCACAUCAUUACAUCAACAAUUGAGCAUGAUGCUAUCCUGGAGCCGCUCAAGUAUCUCCAGAAACAAAAGCACAUUGAUGUGACAUAUUUGGAACCAAGGGGGGAAGUUGGGACAAUAUUAGUGGAGGAUGUAGAGAAGGCCAUCAGACCCUCCACACUCCUUAUUACCCUUAUGAUGGCCAACAAUGAAACUGGAAUCCUCCUGCCUAUUCAGGGAGUUGCCCUGUCACAUCUCCAGAGUUUUGAUAGCGAGAGAACGAUCAUCAAGAGUGCUGACCUGCUGCUAGUUCUUCCCUGUAUCUUGCUCCCUUUCUUAAAGGCCAUCAAGUGCUAUGAAGAAGCUGAAGUGCUUUUUGGUAGAGAAGGGGAUGCACCAUUUUAUGGUCCAAGGAUUGGAGCCCUGUAUGUUCGAGGACUUGGGAGUGGAGAUGGUGCAUUAUUUCCACUCUUCCGGGGAGGAGGUCAAGAGCGUGGGUACAGACCAGGAACAGAGAAUACCCCAAUGAUUCUUGGGUUGGGUGCUGCUGCUUUCCUUGUUUGUCUCAAUCUCUCAUCUUACCAGAAGCACAUGGAAAACAUGAGAAAUGCCCUCAUCACCCUCCUCAAGGAGGCAUUUGAGGAGUCCCUUGUGAUCCAUGGAGACAUAGACCCAAAGAAUCGUCUACCAAACACUGUGAAUUUUUCCUUGAAGCCUCCUUUGUACACAGUAAAGGGAAGAGAGAUUCUUGGGAAGAUUCCCAGACUAUGUGCCUCCACGUCUGCUGCCUGCCAUUCUCAUUCCGUCAAACCCUCAAGGGUCUUGCUUGCCUGUGGGGUGGAUGAGAACUUGGCUGCUGGAGCCAUUCGAUUAAGUGUGGGUCGAGAGACAACGGAGCAGGAGAUCAAGGAGGCCGUCCUCCUUCUUCGGGAAUCUGUGUCCUUGCACAAGUGAUCUGUGUGACUUCUUGAUGUUUGAUCUUUGCCAAUAAAGAUGAUAUAUUCUGUC